AUGUCGCAUGUGGACCCUCUCGGCCAUUCAGCUGGGCUCGACUCGCAGCAGUCGACGCCCGUCACGCCAGCUUCUUUCUUCGACUCAGACAACGAACCCGAUUCUGACAAAGUCUCUUAUGCCACCACAGUUCCGGAAACUGUUAUGGCAGAGCAGGUUGCCAAAGAUGUGGUAAAGGAAGCACAGUCGGUGGGACCCUCGGCGCCCAUCGACGACUCUGCGUCAACUACCAACUCUCCCGCCGUGAAUGGCGGUUCGCCCUCGGACACAGCCACCAAAACACCAAACGACCCCGAAGCCUCUUCCACCAAACAAACUGCGAACGGAGCGAAUGUACCCUCGAUUGCAUCUGUAAAUGUGGACGGACAGGCGGCCGCUGUAAGUAGAGGCGACGAGGAAGGCGGGGAUAGCAUUAACUCAAUCAAGGGCGACAACAAGCAGUCGGGCGCAUCCCAGGCCGAUUCCAAACAGCCCCACCUCAAUGGCAUUUCCAGCGAUCAUUUGGCGACAGACUCUCUGGCUGUGACAGAUGCGAGCGGCGGCUCAGACACCGACAUCAGCCGGCCCGGUAGCGUUGACCAGUCGAAACGGGAUGGAAGCCAUGUACGGACCAGCUCAGCAGCCAAGAAGCAGCCUUUCAAGUCGGUAUCCGUGACCAAGAGCUUUCUGGCCAAGACCGUCACUACCACUCCGGCCGCGCGACCUGGCGAAAAGGUGACAGCCGCUGCUCCUCCCAAGCCUUCUAAUGUACUUUCGGCAAAACCCCGCCUCGUAGCCAAGUCGGGCACCAGCAAUGCUCCGCGAACACUGGGACAGACCAAUGGUGCAGGUGCAGGCCCAGAUGCUAGCAAGGUCUGGAAUAAGAACCAGCCAGUUCCCCCGCCCCCGCCGAAGCAAUUCACCGACGAGGAGCUCAAGCAGCAAUACGGCAUUCACCUUGCGACCCGCUUACAAGCAGACGAGGGUGGUAAAGAAGCAAAGUGGGCGGAUAUUGACGACGACGAGGAUGACUGGGCUCCGGAAACUGUGCAAUGGAUGGACGGAACAAAGUCUUCGGUCGCAGUACCACCAGAACAACCCCCGCCUCCCGAGGAGCCAAAGACGAUACUAAAGCCCGAGACUCCCGCGGAGACGCCCAAGCCCAAGCCAGAGCCAGCCCCGGUCUCGACUUCAAACCCCAAGCCAAGUGUCACUGGUGGCACCAAGACCAUUCUGAAGCCGGGAGCACACGCGCAACCAUGUACUGGAAAAUCGAGUCUUGUAUUAAAGGGCCAACCAGAGAAGCCAACCUUAGUAGCCAAGCCAUCUGCGACGGAGAAGAAGUCACCGUGGGCGCCACUUCCUCCUAUUGAGAAGGUCUCGCCGGUUCAGAUCAACCCCCCCGCGCAUCAACCACCCCCGCAACGUUACUCACAACGAGAUUCCUACGGCUAUGACUCUAUGCCUCCGCCCCCUGCGAAAGAGAUUGCUCCCGACGACUUCAAUCGUUCCUGGCGCAAUGACAGCGGCGGUCGAGAUGGUCGGGAUGGCCGAGAACUGUUCAACUCUCAGAGUGGUCGCUAUGAGCCAGUGCACAAUGAUGUGCGACGAGGUUCUGGACGCGACAGUGGAUUCCGACAACAGCCAGCCGUGCUACAGAGGCCCUCCCAAGAUGGCCCAGCAGAACCAUCGGCAGCAUUCCAAACCUCAAGAGCAACUGCGGACGGACCUACAUGGGGCAGGCGAAGGAACUCUUCAAACGUCAGUGGAGGCAUGCCUAGGCGCAUGUCCAUGGAUCCACGCGCAGACAUGCCAAAUGGGCCAAUGAACUCUGAGCGUCGUGAAUCCCACUCCAUCAACGGCUUUGAUCCUUCCGACUCUACAGCAGCUCGGCAAUCGCCGUUCCAGCAGAUGAAGUCUCCGAAUAUGCCUCAUGCACACCCAGCCUCGCCAUACGGCUCUGCAGCGUCACCAGCUGUUCAGCAAGCACAGGCAGUGGCACCAGUGGCACCCCCAGCUGAAGAUCCCGUCGUAGUGCAGAACCGCCUCAUGGCCGAGAAGAUUGAGCGUGCUCGUCUCAAGAAACUACAAGACGCCGAAGCCGAGAAGCGGGCAGAGGAAGAAAAGAAGGAACGCAUUGCUAAGAAACUUGCUGCCAUGGGACCACCAAAGGCCAAGGAGCAGUCACCCGCACGACCAGCAAAAUCGCCCCCGAAAGAAAAGGCAGUGCCCGCUUCUGUUCAAUCUCCGCCAAAGCCGCCUGUUCCGACAGCUGAUGGCGAGGUUGCCCAGUACGGCAUGAUGAAGGUGCACCAGCCUCACCCGGUCAAAAAGUCGCCUCAGAUGGAGCACGCCCGAGUGUCCGCAUCCGCACAGGCAGCAGCCUCGCUAGACCAGCAAACGCAGCCGUUUGAUCCAUUGGCUCGUGACAGCGAAAAGUCAAGGUUGCCGACUGAACAGUCAAAUCCGCUCGCUCACCAAACAGAGGGCACUAGCCAAUCUGGGACUAGGCCACAGGGUCCAGCUGCCUGGACACCUUCGACAGCACCGCAACCCAAACCUUGGACCUCACAAGUUUGGGGUCCUCCACAGGCAAAAGAUCGAGCACUCGGUAACGGCACCUUCGGUUCUAGCUAUCGCGGUCCAAUUCAACCUGGUGCACAGCAGCAGCUUCCUGUACAAGCACCUGCAGCAACCGCACCCAUCGGAACGGGCUUAGCACAGCAACCCAUAGCUCCCCAGCCCGCAAGACAAAUGCCUCCACAGCAGAUGUUUUCUCAACGCCCUGCUCGUGCGCAGCAGCCCCAGUCAAGGACUUACCGCAAGGUAGAGCCCAUCUCUGGCGGAGGCUGGGACAAGUUUGGCGAUUUCAUCAAAAAGGACGAUCAAGAUACCUACACCAAGAACCGCCAGGACCAAGCACGCCAAGGCGAAGCUUUCCGCCCCGAGAUCCGAGAGACUUUCAAGGACCAGCGUGGACAAGCCGAGGUCACACUUCAUGACAAGGUCGCUGCCGAGCUUGCGCUAGCAGAGAGCCUCAAAAAGGACGAGGUCACGAAGCCGCUCCAAGAAGGCCUUUCGCCACAGCAGGUCAUUGGUCAGGGUACUCUCCAGCAAGCCACUGGCACUCGCCCCUCACGCUUCUUUCCACGCCCGAUGGAGCCUGCGCCACCCAUGCCUGCAUUCUCAUCAAACAAGGCCGACUCGCCUCCCCCGCCUCCGGAGACUGAGACACACCCCGCCUUCAGUAGCGAGACCAACCAUCCAAUGGUGAGGCUCCCAAAGCCUUCGCCUGUUGUGCGUCUUCCUCCGUCGGCGGUUGGCAAUGUUGCAUCUGCCCCGGCCACCAUGCCACGCGGCCAAGGUCUAGGAGCGAGGCCUCUUACUAUGAACCCAGAAUGGCAAGCUAGGUUUAACAAACUGCUCGACAAGCCUGGUUCAACUCGACCUUCUUCAUUGCCCGCCACAUCCCCAGUUUUCCCCGUCGUCUCCCCCCAGCAAGGUGCAGUGGCCCCCACGGCGUUGUCGAAGGCUGCUCUCGACGUCCGUGGCAACGCUGGCACUGCGACUGUGUCUCUCCCCACAGCACCUCUGGGUAAGACCUUCGCAGACGACCGUGGCAAAGACGUCGUCACUCGCAAGGGUGCCGAGGCACUGUUCGAAGACCGAGAGUUUGGUUCCUUGCCCACCGUCAAGCUGUCAAAGGCCCCUCAUCUUGCGGCCAACCAAGCCCCAAAGCCUGCACCUCGAGACGAGCAGCAUCCCAAGUACAAGAAGUUUGAGAACCCAUUUACAAUCCGUCGUCUUGAGGCUUUCGAUAUCGAGAAGAAUGCCCAGAACAAGGGCAAAUUCGAUGUCGUUGUCAGCCUGCCAAACAUGCGUAACCCUGUCACCAAAUCGGUGCAGAGGAAGCACUACGGCCCCAAGAUUAACCGUCAGUCCAAGCCUAAGCAGCCUGGUUCCCCAAGCUCGACGUCUGUCAACGGUUCCAAGGAACGCCCCCGCAAGCCUUCGCACCAGGGUUCAGCUGACCGCCCUUACAAUAACACCGCCCGUCCUUCUGCGGCUAAGUCUUGGACUACCAACAGUAACCCUCGCUCGUCUGCAAUUUCUUCCGCCAACACCGCCAACGCCGUCAGCACUCCCACCACAUGGGCCAAGCUUGCGGCUGCCUGA